AUGGCGUCUCGUAAGAUGAACUUCUUCGAGAAACAGGCCAACCUUUGGGGCGUUCUCUACAGACAUCAGGCUAAGCAAUUCCCUCGACGCUGGGAACUUCUCAAGGAAGUCGCCAAGAAAGAGCUCGCCCCUCCACGAUCGGCCGACAUCCCAGCCAUUAAGGCUGAUUGGGCGAAAGUCGUGAAAGCAAUCUCGAAUCAAGAGUACAAGAACUACACCGUUCGCGAGCUCUUGCUUUACACGGCAGUUGGAUUGGAGAUUGCUUUCUUCUUCUUUAUCGGAGAAAUGAUCGGCCGUAGGAAUGCUGUCGGAUAUUUGGUUCCCGGAAGUUACAUCUCGGGCAAGACUCGUUGCGAGGCUUCCCACCAAAAACCCCAAGAUCCACACGCGCUC